AAGAGGUUCCAUUGCUUUAACAUCCAGAGCCCUCUGCCUGGUUGAUGAGAUAGAUGUUCACAAAAGCAUUUCUGAAAUGAAACCAUCUGUGAUCCUUCCUGUUUGUCCCUUCAUACCUGUGUUGAGCCUCCCAGGCACUUAUAGGGGUUUGGGGUCUGUCUUAGUGGCAGAGGGAUUGCCUGGCAAGCACAAGACCCUAGGUUCAAUCAGCAACACCACUAAAAAAUUUAAAAUCCAAGCAGCUUUGCAAGCUGGAGAGGUGUUUUUGCUGUUGAUGUUCGUGGAGAUGAUGUGGACUAGUAUAUAUGAAACCUGAAAAAUAUCAAUACCUUCCCAUGUCCAGGUAAUUUUAAGAUAAAAGUAAAUGGAUUUAGAAUAUGUGUCUUGCUUCAUGUAACAAGAGACCUAUGCUGGAAAUUCCUACCUCCUUCCUACACUAUAAGAGUUCCCUAAGCAGCUUGUGGCUUUUCCCUUUUGGAUCUUACUCAGCGACCUGUUAACCUGUUCUUGCCUCUUAAAGGCACUGGGACUUGUGAGGUCAAAAAGAUAGGCGAAACUACCUGCCAGUUCAGUGCCUCUCAGGUGGUGCCAGUCUAGGAGUUUGCUUUAGAGUUCAGAGUAGGUAGAUUCAGGUCCAGGCUACAUUCACAUGGUUACUAUUUCUGUAUUUACAUGUUGAGGGUUUCACUUGGGUGAGAACCUGAUUUACUUGAAGUGGAAGGUAAUAAAUGUUUCCCCUCACUUCCCUGCUUUGUUCUGGAUUUUAUGUGCAACCCAACCAGAGAUCAAUUUUAUCUUACACACUUCUGGUCUUUUAAGAGCAAUUAGAAGUACACGUGUUGGGGCCCCGUGCUGGUCAUUGUCAGUUCACUGAUCUUCCCUUUCAAGUUGCCUAAACACAGCUGAGUUCUUAAGAGGAGCAAAGAAAACAUGACCGUGCUGCCAAGUAGACAGGAAGCCCGGCGAGCGAGUAAGCGAGCCGACCCAGGAGUGAGGCUGAGCACAGCCUGCGUCCAAUCAGCUGAGCGCACUGUUGCUAUGUGCACCCUACUCUGCCUUUGUGAGAAGCCUGCCCGGGGAAGUGCUGCGCUCCGCUCUGCUCCCGUGUUUUCCACCGCUGCCGACAUCUGGAUCCCUCCGUGGCUGACAGUGUAGCAACUGACAGCCGGAGGCUUCCAGUAUGGUUUUCAGUGGGAACAAAGGGCUCCGAAGACAAGAUGCCCUGGACGAGUAUUUUGAGUAUGACGCAGAGGAGUUCUUGGUUUCUCUGGCCUUGCUGAUAACAGAAGGACGGACACCCGAGUGCUCCGUGAAAGGUCGUGCUGAGAGCUUCCACUGUCCUCCAGCGCAGUCGCGCUUCCCAGGGACAGCUAGACAUGAGUGCAGCGACAAGCUGGCCCAGUGUCGCCAAGCCAGACGGACCAGAUCUGAGGUCACGCUGUUGUGGAAAAACAAUCUUCCAAUCAUGGUGGAAGUGAUGCUCCUGCCAGACUGCUGCUACAGUGAUGAGGGCCCUAGCACCGAGGGCCUGGACCUGAACGACCCCGCCAUCAAGCAGGAUGCACUGUUACUGGAGAGGUGGAUCUUGGAGCCAGUUCCCCGACAGAAUGGCGACCGAUUCAUCGAAGAGAAGGCACUUCUGCUGGCUGUCCGAUCAUUUGUGUUUUUUUCUCAGUUAAGUGCUUGGCUGAGUGUUUCUCAUGGUGCUAUUCCACGAAAUAUUCUUUACAGAAUCAGUGCUGCUGAUGUCGACUUGCAGUGGAGUUUUUCACAGACUCCAACUGAGCAUGUGUUUCCUGUUCCCAACGUCUCUCACAACGUGGCCUUGAAAGUCAGCGUUCAGUCCCUACCCAGACAAGCUCAUUAUCCGGUUUUGACCUGUAGUAUUCAUACUAACAUUCUUUAUGAGAAGAGAAUUCAAGAGCAGGAGCUAAAGGCCUAUCAACACCGUGGCCCUGGUGAAAUAGAGCACCGCUGUCCCAGCAGCUCACAGGGUCUGUGUAGCAAACACACGUGGACCAUGGCACCCGUGAGUGCCCUGCAUGUAAGAAGUAUCUUGACUCCUGAGUACUCUGCAGCCAUUAGAAAUGUCAGGCUCUGCCCAGGUGCGGGCAGCAAGUCUGACCACGGGGCAUCUCAGGCCAGUGUCCUGGGCUUCGGUGGCACCACAGGAGAAGUAAGGUCACAGGAGGCGUCAGUGAGAACUUUGAAAUCACUCUCUGCGAUCGAUUCCAGUGUCUCCAGCUGUCAGAGCUCCCGGCAGUCAGUGGGGGAGCCUAACCCUUUAAUCGACUCCUUGAUUCAGGAUCGACAAGAAGUCAUUGCCAGGAUUGCUCAGCACCUGAUUCACUGUGACCCCAGCUCCUCUCGCAUGUCUGAACACCCCUUCAGCACCCAGGAGUCCACUUCACUUAGUGCAAAGCUUCACCGAGUUCCCCAAGAAAGCGAGAGUGUCAGAAGAUGCAAAGAAGCAUUCUCAGUCUCUUUUGGGAGCCCAGAGAUUAGCUCCACAGAGGACACCAAUGAGGGGAAAGUGAGAGGGAAGUCGGAAACUACUCCAGGAGAGACCUGCACCUCUCACAGCCCUUACUCUCGCCAGUCUGCUGGGGAGGCAAACCCGCUGAUCGGCUCUUUGCUCCAGGAGCGGCAGGACGUCAUAGCCAGGAUUGCACAGCACUUGGAACACAUCGACCCCACAGCUCACAUUCCCCGUCCUGCAUUCAGCAAGCACGACUCCAAUUCCAUUCCUUCUAAAGUGAUCAGGAGUUCCUAUGAUGACAAAGCCUUGUGGAAGAAGAACAGAGAUAGUGACUCUGUUUCUGCUUCUCAUACAGAAGUGUCCUUACUGGGAGACAGAGGGGAUGGGAAAAGCCCCAAACCUAGUAAAUGCUUCAUUUCUUCCAAAUACAAUCUUCAGGAAAAGUCUCUGAAGCAUGAAGUAAGAACUCAGCAUCAGAAGCAUCCUGAUGACAUCACCCACAGCACCAGGCAGGAGCCGCAGAACAAGGCUGCUGGCUUACUAACUUCCUCUAAUAUGACUCUCUGCAAUGAAAGUAACUUGGGUUUGAUUAGCAGAUUGGAAAGUACACCUUGUAAAUCACAACUUAAGGAGCAAGAAAUGAGCCAUGAAAUUGAGAAACAGUGUUCACAUUGCAACAGUAUUGACAAACAGAUUUGCACAAAUAAAUGUACGGAGAAAAUAAAAGAUGAGAAUUAUAACCCAGGAUCUCUCAGUCAUCUCCAAUGUGAUGACUCAAAAGGUAUUGACUCAAGAAUAAAAGUUACUAUGUCGGAAAUGUCUGACUGUUUCAAUAAGUACAAAACUAAUUGUUCAAAUAAAGACGCAAAAAGAUCACAGACCUGUGAGCAAAGCAGUCAGCUCAGCACAGGGAGUGACUUCAGCGAAGGUACUGACGGUUUCAGAUGCACAGCCUCAGAGCAGCUGAAAAUAACGGAACAGGAGCAAAAAGAAGAUCCCACUGAUGGAAAACCUCAGAGGAAAAGUGUGAAGCACUGUCUGUCUACAAGCGAAAGACUGCAAAGUGCAGACGUGUUGAGGGAUACGCUGAAACAUCCAAGUGUCUGGAGAAAACAUAACUUUCAUUCCUUGGAUGGGACAUCAACCAGAGCCUUUCACCCUCAGACGGGGUUGCCUCUCCUCUCAAGUCCCGUUCCUCAAAGAAAAACGCAGUCAGGUUGCUUUGAUCUAGACACUUCGCUGCUGCAUCUGAGAAGCUUGUCCUCUAGAAGCUCUCGACCAUGUCUGAAUAUUGAAGAGGACCCAGAUGUUCAUGAAAAACCUUUUUUGAGUUCGAGUGCUCCACCGGUCACAAGUCUUAGUCUUCUAGGAAAUUUUGAGGAAUCUGUUCUGAAUUACCGUUUAGACCCCCUCGGCAUAGUUGAUGGCUUUACUGCCGAGGUAGGAGCCAGUGGUACUUUUUGCCCCACGCACUUAACUCUGCCCGUGGAAGUGUCUUUCUACAGUGUUUCGGAUGAUAAUGCUCCCUCGCCUUAUAUGGGUGUGAUUACUUUAGAGUCCCUUGGUAAAAGGGGUUAUCGAGUACCUCCUUCAGGAACGAUACAAGUGACCUUAUUCAAUCCCAAUAAGACUGUGGUGAAGAUGUUUGUUGUGAUGUAUGACCUACGAGGUAUGCCCGCCAAUCACCAGACAUUCCUGCGACAGAGAACAUUUUCUGUUCCUGUUAAACAAGAAAUGAAGAGAAGUAUUAAUAGAGAGAGCGUCCAGCACACAGCACAGUUAUUACGCUACCUCAUACAUCUGAGGUUCCAGAGUUCUAAAUCUGGAAAGAUCUACCUCCAUAGAGAUGUACGGCUCCUGUUCUCAAGAAAGUCCAUGGAGGUUGAUAGCGGCGCUGCGUAUGAACUCAAAUCUUACACUGAAUCGCCAACAAACCCUCAGUUUUCACCAAGAUGUUGAUGGGGGUGAGGGGCAACUUAAAGUAUUCGCUCAGUAGCCAGGCUUGAACGUGAGCAUCCACAGAAUGGAGUCCAUGAAAUCAGAGCUGGCGGGGGAGUGGCACUCCUCUGUUGUCCUGGACCAGACUUUGUUAAAGGACCCCUGAAGUGAGUGAGACCUGUGACUCCGUGUGGACUGGAAGCAGCCGUGUCUUCACCCUUUCUAUACUGUUGAAACCACUUCAUUGGACAGUCGCAAUAGCAAAAUCCCCGGUUAGAUUAGUGUUUACACGUUUUAUUUCUGUUAUUUAAUAUUUAAUGUUUUCCUUAAUACUCAAGUGAUGUUUGUCUCUAGUGUUCUAAUGUAGCACAAUCCUCUGUAAAAUCAUACUAUGUAUUUUUGACAUUAAUGUUGAAAUCCGAAAUAUAUGCACAAGUCUUUAAUUUUGUGUGGUGUGUUUUAAGUGCUACUCAUUUAAGCUACUGAAAGUGAGAAUGAAAUGUUGGGCUUCUUGAAGAUUAAUGCACUAUGCAAGCAUGUCUGCUUUUUAUAUCUCUCCAGGUUAGUUUUUACAACAUCCAUUCAGGGGCUGGCCCUGGAGUAACAUGCUGUUCCUCGGUGCAGUAAGACAAAGCUGCUCUGUCCCCCUGGCAAGCUCUCAGCCUCAUGCCCAUUCUCAUCCCUUCUGAGGUCCUCCCCCCCAAAAAAUGUUCUAUUUUUCCUGAAUCACAACUGUAGAGGUUUUACUUUAAAUGGCUGUCCCAUGCUAAAGAAUUUUCUCACACUUUUAAAGAGAAUAUGUACUUUGAAAACAAAUUAAUAUUUAUAUUGUAAAUAUAUGCAAAAAACCCUAAAA